CAUCACAACCACAACUUUGUCUUUUGCUUUUGAGCACGGAUAGUGCAUGUUACGGAAUAUUAGAGCUUUAGUCCAAAUUGAAGCUAGAGUCCUUCAGGGAAUCGUAAAAAGGUGCAACGUAACAAUUGUGCGAAUAGAAUGCUUAUGGAGUUAACCGAUGAUCAAGAACAAAGUGACAGCGGAAUGGAGUCUUUGAGUGCGAGCAAAGAUGAUAGUCCAGAGCGCAGGCCCGAUGAAUUUUUCAUAACCCCCUCACUAGGAUCGUCGCCCAGCGCUGGCACACCUAUCGGUGGGCCUACUGGAGGACAUUUAGCUGGACCACUGAAAGAAUAUGACGAUGAACCUGACGAGACCUUAUCAGAGAGGUUAUGGGGCCUGACUGAAAUGUUUCCGGAGUGUGUUCGAAGCUGCACUUAUACUUUCACUACAAACACAGUGUCAGGAGUUAAAUCUCUGUAUGGAUUGUCUCGCUCAGUAAUGUGGGUGAUAGCCAGCUCGUCUGUAAUCUUGUUUGCUCCAGUCAUAUUUGAAGUUGAGAGAGCUCAAAUGGCUGAAAUGGAAAAGUCACAACAGAAACAGGUCUUGCUAGGAACCAACACAGCUAUGUCAGGCCCCAUGCCGAACAUGCCACCAAUGCCUCGAUAAAUCAGUUAUUAGAGUCAAACAAUAUAUUCAUUGUAAACUGUUUGAAAUCUUCACUAUGAUAUAUAAAGGAAAUAUUCAAAUAUCAUCCAGAAUGCUUUAAUGUUAGUGUAUUAGUUAAAAAAAAGAAUAGGUACCUUCCUUAAACAUGAUUUGAAGUAUUUUGUAUUGGGCAUAGCAACUAGAGAUCAGUUGACUGUAUGUUAGUUACUUAAUAUAUUUACCCAAUUGCAUUUAAUCGAAAUGUUUACAAAAUAAUCAAAUUGUUGUUUAUUAGACUAUUAUAAUUGUAUUAAAAAUAAGUUGCAUUUUCUCUUACCAUUUAUGUUUUUCUGUUCCUAAAGGUUGCAGUAAUAUGUUACUGGUUCUAAUUUUGUGAUUUUAUUGAUUGGUUAGUGAGAUGACGGUUUCAUUUGUGAAAAACAUUUUAUAGAUGAUGCUUUGUUAUUAGAAUAAAUGUACUGUUGAAAAUGCAUUUUUUAAUCAUGUGUAAUAGUGAAAAUGUGGCAAAAGUAAUACAGUGUAUAAUAAAUUUAAAA